ACUCUAUAGUACACCACUCAGACUAAAAGUUUUUUUUAAAACUACAAAGUGGUUGAUGCUUGGCUCCUCCUCUCGAGCUUUGGUACCUUUAGUCAGGCUGAGUUAUUCAUAACAAAAGCUGAUGAAUUAUGAAACGCGCCACGGCAAUGAGACCCUCCCAUGCUGCAUGGACUCGUCUUGGUUUUGUCUGGGUUUCUAUUUUCUGGUUCACCUUAGCGGUCAGCAUUUCUGUGAGUCAGUGUAAGCAGCUGGACACCGAAUCAAAUGUGAAUAGGACCUGUGGGGAAAAUGUGACCCUGAAUUGCAGUGCCAGCGUAGCAAUGCUGAAGGGUUCAAAGGUCGUCAAAUUUGACUGGCAACACAAAAAUACAACACUGUGCCAGUACAUGAACAAUACAUCUACCAGCAAGAUUCAGUGCAACUUCACAAACACAACAUCUGAACUCACUCUCUCUCUGACCAUCCUCGACAUAAUCCCGUCCAAUGAAGGAGUCUACCACUGCAAACUGCACUCACUAGGUGCACACGCGAAUGGGCAGAGCCAUCUGAGAGUUGGAGGCUGCUUUGGAAAGCCUAGCAAGGAUAUACCCCCUGACCAAUGCUCCUUUGAUGAAGUUUACCCCAUUGCUGACAUCCACUGGUUUCAGGGAGACGUAAACCUUACAAAUGGCACUGAAACGAAACAAAGUGUUGACGACAAAGGCUAUUUCACUGUCCAGAGUAGAGCUCCCACGAAGAAAGGGACCCAGACACUGCCUUAUAACUGCUCACUGUGGAUGCCUUCUCUCAACACGUACAUCUCCAGCCGCCUGGUUUCAUCAGGGAGCACAGCCCAACUCCAGUGGAUCUGCAUUAUUAUGGGGAUCUUGAUGAAGAUUAUUAUCAUGUAAAAAUGCAGGCCCUUUGACUAUUGAUUGAGAUUUUAAAAAAUUAGCUACUAAUUGAGAUGAACAGUUCCUAAUGCUUGGGGAUUUAUGGUUGUGUGCAGGUAAGAGUGCUUUUCUUUUGGGAUUUUUGUAACUUUUAUGUUCAGGUGUGAAUAGUGGGAGCAAACAGCUACUUAUUUGAUUUAUUCAUUUGUUUUCUGAAAGCAAAGUAGAAAUCUCAUAUAAACAAAACUAAAAAGAAAGAAUUAUAUAUCUAUGACUUGCUCAAAAAGUAGUCGCACUUCAAACUUUAAAUUACAACACAGACUUCUAUUUGUAACAUGACUUUCCACUGGGUGGCGCUACUGCAUUAUUGUUCUGUACUAUAAGAAUUACUACUUUCAGAUAGCUUUCAGUUUCUUGUGGUGGUAUUUUAUAUAUGCUUACUAUGUGUGAAAAAAUAUUUCCAAACACUGUACAUUGCUGUGAAAAAGUA